AAAUCGACAGGUAUAUCGGGAAAAUCUCGCUUUCGUGAGGUAUAAACAACUUCCGGUAACACAAGCUCGGAAACAUCUUCAAAGUUUGCAACAAUGUCCCACACAAUUCUGCUCGUCCAGCCCACAAUCAGACCAGAGACAAGAACAUACUCAGACUAUGAGAGUCUCAAUGAAUGUUUGGAAGGCAUCUGCAAGAUAUUUGAGGAGCAUCUUAAAAGGAGUAAUCCCCAGUCCUGCCAGAUCACUUACGACAUCAGUCAGCUGUUCGACUUCGUGGAUGACCUGGCUGACCUCAGUUGUUUAGUGUACCAGAAAAGCAUCGGCACAUACAUCCCCCACAACAAAGACUGGAUGAAGGAGAAGAUCUACAACAUGCUGAGGAAACAGGCAGGGAAAUAGACAAGCAUGGAUAACAACUUGUGAUAGAGACACUUGAUCUUUGUUGUGACGACUGUGUGGGAAUCAUGUCUAUUUCAAUCAUGUCCAUUACACUAGCGCACGGCUGAUAUACCAGGAUAGAGCAAAUCCUGAUGGUUAUCAUUUUAAUACAUUUACGAUAUUUUUUUUGUAUGUACGUUUGUGUAAUUGUUUUGCUAGGUCAUUCGUGUUAAUGUUUUAGAAUUUUGGAAUCUGGUAUGAAAAAUGAUUUUAUAGAAAUAGCUUAGUUAUAAGACCGAGUUUAAAAUGGAGAAUCAGUGAAGGUGAGAAUGCUACAGACAGCAGCCAUGUGAAGUUAUUGUGUUUGAUUUUGCCGCACUGUGUUGCUGUGUUGAUUCUAUGUUUACUAUUUCUCAUUAUCUGUGAAACUUCUGUGUUGGAUUCAGAGAAUAUUAAUCCUUUUUGCAGCAGCUUAAGGACUUAAUUCACGUUUAUCAUCAUAGUAUUUACAUUUAAUUUUGUUUUGUUACAGAAGAAUAUCUAAAUCUUACCUGAUCACUAGUAACAGAGACAUGGAGGAAUAGACUCACGAACAUGACUAGGUUCCUUUUGCGGUUUGUAUUUAAGAUGAUGCCAACAAGUUGCUCAUUCAAUAGGCAUGGCUCGGUUAUCUCCCUUUGGUAGGAGAGCCAUUUUUAAAUUAUGGAAUAACUUUACGUUCAUGUGUAUGUAAGCUGUAGUUUUGGAAAGGAUGCAGACUGUUGAUGAUGUCAGUAUGUCAACUGUUCUCGGGCAACUUCAUAUCAAGGGAGAUAACUGUGUCACCAUUUUUUAUGUUCCAUUGGUGUGACUAAGAAAUUCAUAUUUCUGACUUUCCAGUACAGUCUUGUUUGUAGCUAAAUAUUCAUUUAACAUCAAUAAAUCUACCAUUUUCUCACA